AAUUUUCAUUUGUUGCGUAUUUCAAAAAUCGUCCCCCUAUAAAUACCCAUUACUAGCUUCCACCCCUUCUCCAAGCAAACCAAGAACACCUUCUUGACCUCCGCAAGUCACAUACAUCUCCCUUUACUUUAAUCCAAAUAGUAGUUUCCUUUUUCUAAUUCUUUAAUUAAUUUUUUGUCAUAACAAUGGUGCUGUCAAAAAUAGCUUCACAGUCUGAUGUAUCAGUUCACUCCACCUUUGCCUCUCGCUAUGUUCGAGAGUCACUUCCAAGGUACAAGAUGCCGGAGAACUCGAUACCGAAGGAGGCAGCAUUCCAGAUUAUAAACGAUGAGCUGAUGCUUGAUGGGAAACCGAGGUUGAACUUGGCAUCAUUCGUGACAACUUGGAUGGAGCCUGAAUGUGAUAAGCUUAUUAUGGACGCCAUGAACAAAAACUAUGUUGACAUGGAUGAGUACCCCGUCACCACUGAGCUUCAGAACCGGUGCGUGAACAUGAUAGCACAUCUGUUCAAUGCUCCACUGGGAGACUCUGAGGCUGCUGUCGGGGUAGGAACCGUAGGAUCAUCAGAGGCCAUAAUGUUGGCUGGUCUUGCCUUCAAGAGAAAGUGGCAAAACAAGCGUAAGGCUGAAGGAAAACCUUAUGACAAGCCCAACAUUGUAACUGGUGCCAAUGUUCAGGUGUGCUGGGAGAAAUUUGCAAGGUACUUUGAGGUAGAACUGAAGGAAGUGAAGCUAAAGGAAGGGUACUAUGUAAUGGACCCAGUACAAGCUGCUGAAAUGGUGGAUGAAAACACUAUUUGCGUAGCUGCCAUUUUGGGUUCUACCCUUAAUGGAGAAUUUGAAGAUGUCAAGCUUUUGAAUGAUUUGUUGGUCGAGAAGAAUAAAGUCACCGGGUGGGAUACUCCAAUUCAUGUUGAUGCAGCUAGUGGUGGAUUUAUUGCACCAUUCUUGUGGCCAGAGCUUGAAUGGGACUUCAGGCUUCCAUUGGUCAAAAGUAUUAAUGUUAGUGGCCACAAAUAUGGCCUUGUCUAUGCCGGUAUUGGUUGGGUUAUUUGGAGGAGCAAAGAGGACUUGCCUGAAGAACUCAUUUUCCACAUUAAUUACCUCGGAGCUGAUCAACCCACUUUCACUCUCAAUUUCUCCAAGGGUUCUAGUCAAAUCAUUGCUCAAUACUAUCAAUUGAUCCGUCUUGGCUACGAGGGAUACCGAAACGUAAUGGAGAAUUGCCACCAAAACGCUAUGGUCCUGAAAGAAGGACUUGAAAAAACAGGAAGGUUCAACAUUGUGUCGAAGGACAUUGGAGUUCCACUGGUGGCAUUUUCGCUCAAGGACAACAGCCGACACAAUGAAUUUGAGAUAGCCGAAACGCUACGUCGUUUCGGAUGGAUUGUUCCCGCCUACACGAUGCCCGCGGAUGCUCAGCAUAUCACCGUGCUUCGCGUUGUGAUUAGAGAAGAUUUCUCGCGCACUCUCGCCGAGCGCCUUGUGCUUGACAUUACAAAAGUCCUGCACGAGCUUGAUCAACUGCCUGCCAAAAUCAGCGCCAAAGUGUCAGUCAGUACUGCCGCUGAACAGAAUGGGAAGAAUGGCGCAGUCGUAGUGAAGAAAACUGCAAUUGAAACACAGAGAGAAAUCACUACUUACUGGAAAAAUUUCGUCAUCGCCAAGAAAUCUAACAAGAAUACUAUUUGUUAAGGCUUCAUUUAUGCCCUACUGCUACUGCCAUCGUUCAGAGUUUUUAAUACUUCAUUUUUGUUUUUAUUUUCCGAUUUGAGAAUUUUUAUGUGGUCUCCAUGAGAUCCGUUAAAGAGUCUUGUUUGUAACCUUUCUAAACUAAUUUAAAUGAAAUCCUACAGAUGCCAUUUUUAUUA